AUGGCUACCAAUCCUACCCUAACCCUAGAGAAAGGUCCUCAUUGUUCAUGUAAGAACAUUUUGGCGCCUUAUUGCCAAGUCAUAAUUUCAGAGCUAGCCUGUAUUCAAUGUGUAAAUGAAGAGGAAGAAGACGAGUCUUUCGAGCACACGCUUCAGGUCGUGCGCGAGGUUUCCGUCUACGAGAUCCCGCCGCGCACAACCUCCGGCGGCUACAAGUGCGGCGAGUGGCUGCAGUCCGACAAGAUCUGGACCGGCCGGAUCCGCGACGUCUCCCGCCGCGACCGCUGCGAGAUCCGCCUCGAGGAUCCCGCCUCCGACGACCUCUUCGCCGCGUGCUUCGUCUACCCCGGCCAGCGUGAGGGGUCGGUUGAGCCGGUGCUCGACUCGUCUUGCUACUUUGUCCUCAAGAUCGAGGAUGGUCAAGGGAAGCAUGCGUUCAUUGGAUUGGGGUUCAAUGAGAGGAAUGAGGCGUUUGAUUUCAACGUCGCUCUUUCUGAUCAUGAGAAGUAUGUUCGCCGGGAGCAUGAUAAGGAAUCCGGUAAUGCUGAUGCUGCCGAGGAUUCUCAGAUCCAUAUUCACCCUGCUGUUAAUCACAGGCUUAAGUUCAAAAUGUUUCUAAGAUCAAAAUCUUACUUAGAUAACACUAUAUUCAACAAUUUUGAACUUGCAUAUGUGAUGGAUGUAGGCUUGUUAAUAGCGUAG